CACUAUUUACUAAUGAUUAAUUCCUUUUAUUAUUGUUUUCCCUCAAGUAGGAUAGUUCAUUCUAUCAUUAACACUAGGAACUUUAGUGUCCCCGGAACCAUAAAUCUGCUUGCCGAUAUUUCCUCCACCAACUUAGAGUGCGACCACUCACGGAAUCAACACUUCCGGUUCGGUGUGAUCGUUAAAUAAACCGGCUCACUCAUAAACAGUGCAGCCUUAUUUAUUAUUUUGAUGCAGUGUUGCUGACUUUUAAGUAGCUGUCAUGAUUCCUUACACUGUGAACAUAAAGCUAGCUGCUCGGACUUUGACUGGCACGCUACAUCUGCAAAACAAAACAGCUGUCGACUGGGGAUGGCAGGGGCUGGUCGCACAGGGCUGCCACUCCAGCAUCCUCAUCAUUGACCCCAAGACAGCCCAGACCAUUCAGGUUCUGGAGAGACACAAAGCCAGUGUUGUUAAGGUGAAAUGGUCCAGGGAGAACUACCAUCACGGCUUGAGUGCUCCCUACUCUCUCCGACUGGCCUCGGCGGAUGCAGCCGGCAAGAUCAUCGUGUGGGAUGUGGUUAGUGGGACGGCCCACUGUGAGAUCCAGGAGCACUCCAAGCCCAUCCAGGACAUGGAGUGGCUGUGGGCGCAGGAUGCGUCACGUGACCUUCUGCUGGCCGUCCACCCCCCCAACUACAUCAUCCUUUGGAACGGCGACACGGGGGCCAAGCUGUGGAAGAAGAGCUACGCGGAGAACAUCCUGUCCUUCUCCUUUGACCCGUUCGACCCCUCCAACCUUGCCUUACUGACCAGCGAAGGGAUCGUGUUCGUCACUGACUUCUCUCACUCCAAGCCUCCGGGUAGCGGAGGCAAGAAGGUUUACAUCGCCAGCCCCCAUGCCAGCCCAGCUCACAGCAAACCGGCCCCCCCCACCGGCGCCAAAAAGGCACUGAAUAAGGUCAAAGUGCUCAUCACCAACGAGAAACCCAGCCCGGAGGCGGUGACCCUCAACGACUGCCUGCAGCUGUCCUACCUGCCCGCGAAGCGGAACCACAUGGUGCUGCUGUACCCGCGCGAGAUCCUCAUCCUGGACCUGGAGCUCAGCCAGACGGUGGGCGUGGUGGCCAUCGAGCGCUCUGGCGUGCCCUUCAUUCAGGUGGUGCCGUGUGCCCAGAGGGAUGCCCUCUACUGCCUGCAUGAGAACGGCUGCAUCACCCUGCGACUGAGCCGCUCCGGGGCGCCCCCUCCUGAUGAAUCGGACCCCGAGCAGGCAGUCCAGGAGCUGGUGUAUGACCUGCGCUCACAGUGCGACGCCAUCCGGGUCACCAAGACGGUGCGCCCGUACCGCGUGGUCAUCUGCCCGGUCAACGAGAACGCCGCCGCCCUGGUGGUCAGCGACGGCAGGGUGAUGCUGUGGGAGCUCAAGGCCCACGUCUCCAGAUCCGCCAGCAAUCUGGGGUCUGGCCUGACCCCCCUCUACUCCCCGCUGUCAUUCUGCGGCACGCCAUUGAGCCCCAACCAGAAGAUGAUCCCGGACCUUUCCCUCAACAACAUGAUAGCGGGACAGGGCACCAUUCCGGGUGCGGAGCCGGCCCAGGCCCCACAGCAGCAGGAGGUGCUGCUGAAGUUCCUGCUGACGGGCCUCCUCUCGGGGCUACCCCUGCCUCCCUUCUCCCUCCGCAUGUGCCCCCCACUCACCACCAAGAACAUCAGCCACUACCAGCCCCUCCUGGCCGUAGGUACCAGCAACGGCUCAGUGCUCAUCUACAACCUGACCAGCGGCCUUCUCCACAAAGAGCUGAGCAGCCACUCCUGCGAAGUCAGGGGGAUCGAGUGGGUCAGUCUCAGCAGCUUCUUGUCCUUCGCCACCUCAGCCCCCAAUAACUUGGGCCUGGUGCGGAAUGAGCUGCAGCACACUCACCUGCCCACAGGAAGGACAUUCGCUUUCCGAGGUGAGCGGGGGAACGACGAGCCGCCCAUUGAGAUGAUUAAAGUCUCCCACCUGAAGCAGUACCUGGUGGUGGUGUUUAAGGAGAAGCCCCUGGAGCUGUGGGACGUGAGGACGGGCACGCUGCUGCGCGAGAUGGCCAAGAACUUCCCCACCGUCACGGCGCUGGAAUGGUCACCUUCUCACAACCUGAAGAGUCUGAAGAAGAAGCAGCUGGCGGCACGGGAAGCCAUGGCCAGACAGACUGUGUCUGACGCGGAGCAGAGCAGCGUGGAGUCCUCAGUCAUAAGGUCAGGGGGCAGUAUGGGUAGCAUCGCCUGCAUUGCUUGGAAGGGGGACACCCUGGUACUGGGCGACGUUGACGGGAACCUCAACUUCUGGGAUCUGAAGGCGCGUUUGUCUAGGGGGAUCCCCACACACCGGGGCUGGGUGAAGAAGAUCCGCUUUGCCCCGGGAAAGGGCAACCAGAAGCUGCUGGUCAUGUACACAGACGGGGCCGAGGUGUGGGACACCAAAGAGGUCCAGAUGGUCAGCGGCCUCAGGGUCGGCCGGAACGUGACCUACCGCAUCCUGGACAUCGACUGGUGCACCUCCGAUAAGGUGGUGCUGGCGUCGGACGACGGCUGCAUCCGAGUGCUGGAGAUGGCCAUGAAGUCAGCCUGCUACCGAAUGGACGAGCAGGACCUCACCGACCCCGUGUGGUGCCCGUAUCUCCUGCUCCCCCGGGCCGCUCUCACUCUGAAGGCUUUCCUCCUGCUGCAGCCUUGGUCUGGCUCCUUCACCAUGGACAUCACCCAGGUGGAUUACACAGAAAAAGAGGAAAUUAAGGGCCUGAUCCAGGAGCAGCUAAACUCCGUCUCCAACGACGUCAAGAGUGUUCUGCAGGACCCACAGCUAAAUGUCCUUCAGCGAUGCCUUCUUGUGUCGCGGUUAUUUGGGGAUGAAUCGGACCUGCAGUUCUGGACGGUGGCGUCCCACUACCUGCAGACCUUCUCCCAAGAGCGGCAGGCGGGUGUCGCGGCCAGCGACGGCCAGGCUGAGAGCCCCCAGGGGGCGCCGGUGAGCCAUCUGGAGAUCUGUCAGGACACGCUGUGCGAGAGCGCCUACUUCCAGAGGUUUCAGUUGGAACGAGUGCACCUCCAGGAGCUGAAGAGGUCUAGCUAUGAACACACGAAGAAAUGUGCCGACCAGCUUCUCCUGCUGGGACAGACGGACCGGGCGGUGCAGCUGCUCCUGGAGACGAGUGCAGACAACCCUAGCUACUACUGCGACUCUCUGAAGGCCUGUCUGGUGACCACCAUCACCUCUUCAGGCCCUUCACAAAGCACCAUCAAGCUGGUGGCCACCAACAUGAUCGCCAAUGGAAAGCUGGCAGAAGGUGUGCAACUGCUGUGCCUAAUAGACAAGGCGGCCGACGCCUGCCGCUACUUACAGACAUAUGGGGAGUGGAAUCGUGCUGCCUGGCUGGCCAAGGUACGCCUGAACCCCUCCGAGGCCUCCGACGUGUUAAAGCGCUGGGUGGAGCAUCUCUGCUCCCCUCAGGUGAACCAGAAGUCCAAAGCCAUCCUAGUGCUCCUCUCCCUGGGCUGUUUCCACAAAGUUGGCGAGAUGCUCCACAGCAUGAGGUACUUCGACCGCGCAGCUCUGUUCAUCGAGGCCUGUUUGAAGUACGGCGUCAUGGAGGCCAAUGACGGCACCAAUAAGCUGAUUGGUUCAGCCUUCGCCGACUACGCCAGGCUGCUGCGCACCUUGGGCCUGAGGGAGGGGGCUGCACUGUGGGCCUCGCGAGCUGGUGGUGCCGGCGAGGAGCUCCUGGAGGAGCUCUUCCAGCCUGGGGACGAGGCAGAUGGGGGCCUGGAAGAAGCGGAGGGGGUCCUGGAAUCCCCCAAGUAAAAAAAAAUAAUGGUGACAAUAGACUUGGGGGGUACAGCUUGGGUGGGCCAGUGGGUCAUUGUAGGUUCAGGAUGGGUGGUGGUCACCUGAUUAAUAUGUAUGCAGGAAGGGUUUUUUAUUUCAUUUUUUAUGAUUGCAGUCUAUUUCAACCUUACAUUCCACUCCCUUUAGUUCCCAGUUCCUUUCUCUACCUCACUUCCUGUCCCACUUCCUGUCUAUGGACCUCCCCAAAACAAACCGGCAUCAUAUUCUGUACUCACUUUUCCUUUAGGUAGAAAAGUAACUGGAUAGAUCCAGGCUAAAGAUGAAGUGCAUUCCAUACCUCCGUGUGCAUUGCGUCUGUAUCGGUGUUGGCUCUGCCUGAUGUUUGUUGCACUUUAAUAGGUCUUUUUCCCUGAUUAUUCAAUCGGCUUGUGCCAUGCCACUGUGAGUACACUAGAGGGCACUCUUCCGGGUGUGUACACUGUGUCAUAGGCCAGUAGGCAGAGAGAGUUAUGGGAAAUGCCAACACGCAUGCAUGCAUGCAGUCAGUCAGUCAUAUGUAAGGUUUCCAGGGCUAGUGAUAUCAAAACGGUAGUUUUGUACUUGAUAUAAUAGUUUAAACCUAUAAAAUUCUCUCACUGCUCUAGCUCACUACUCAGUAGUAUUGUACUUAAAUUGACUACCCAUAAAUGAUGCAGAAAUUUAUGCUUUAAAUUCUCUUGCCUUUCUAACAGAACAGAAAUGUUGGAGUUCAUUUUUAAAUUAAUGACUGAAUGUGCUAGGUUUGCUGGUGUAAAGCCAAAUAGCUCAGCCCAUGGGACGAUUACCUUAAAAGGCCCAUUUCCAAGUAAAAGGGCCGGUUUAGGAUGUGUUCUCAUUGAGUGUCAUAGACUCAGGUGUGUCAGCCUUUGGUCUGACUCUUUAGGAUGUUAGAAACGGGUGUCGAAAAUCUGCUUCACUUCAUCUCCACUGUAACCACAUUCCCAUUUGAAACAGAAAUCUCUGCUCAGUAUCCCUCUAAUAAUAAACAGAAAUCAAAUUGCAUUAUAAAGCAUUUCCCCCACGUUCCCAUUUUUUUGUGGAUGGAUUUUAUACGCAAUUGCGCCCUCUAGUGAAACUCAUAACAGAUUGCAGAGGCAUUGCAGACAGGUUAUUAUAUCCUGUAUAUUGGUUAUGUACAUUUCAUGGAAAAAAAAAGCGAACGUGUUACAUUAGUAGAAAAAAGAGCAGUUAUUACCUUCAGAGCCACUUUGCCUGAAUAAAGAACAUGUCUGAUCUUGAGAAGACAUGAAAGGAGGCUGUAGUCUGUAAUGGGUCUGAUGUUUACUUGGUUUCCCUAAUGGGUAAUUGGUGCAUACCGAGGGGAAGGUCUUUGAACUGCUCUGGACUCAAACCCUUCUCUCUUUGUGAGUAAAACUCAAAAUCCCUCCCCAUAACUCCUGCUUUCCUUGCUUUGAAUCUCUUCAAAGAUGUUUAAAAAUAAGUAUUUGAAUAAUGUAUAAAAACUGCUUUUGUAAAUACCACAUCUUUGGAGAUUUUACCAUAGGUACAGUCUGCCGUAACCACCGCCCCCCCCCCCCCCCAGAAGACCCAAAAGACGUGGAGCUAUUAGUGAUGAGAACAUACAGACCAGAAUAGAAGUUGUUUUGCUGACAUCCUGCUCCUUUGGGUGGGUAUCAGAUCUGUAAGAUUAGGCGUUAUUUCCUCUUUUUUUUCCCCCAUUUGCGCCUCGCUGCUCCAGUUUCCGCCCAGUAGCGCACACUAGUGAGAACAGGGCAUUUGAUAUGGCCUCUGAAUGAAUAUUGGGGAGGGCAUUUCAAGUAUUUGAACCCUGCAGCAGAGGGAUUAACAGAACUGUGGAGUAAAGUAUUGAAGAGUGAGUGAAGAAUCACAAGCUUGCCUGCUUCCUAAAGAGGGCGUUCAGCGCGGUGUGGGACAAAUGGACACCCUGCCGUGAUUGGCCCAGGCCACCGAGGCUUCACCUCCUUUGGGUGAAAUGUUUGUGGAUGCUCGUGUUGGAUGACAUGUGGCCAGUCUGAGCCAUAUCUCAGCAGACUUGAUUUAUUUCUGUUUUGGCAGUAAAAUCCUGUCCAAAUUUCUCUGCUGUUUCUUCUUGCAUUUGUUUUUCACCCGAGUUGUUACUUUUAAUUAAUUUGCCUUUUUUAUUCACCUGUUUAUUGUUUUUGGCAGUGGAAGAAAAAGCGAUAAGUAGGCAAAUUUGAUAAUAAAAAAUUUGAUAUAUAAUGUGACCCAAAGUCUUUCGAAAGGACCCACACUAUUUAAUAUUUCAGAUGACGAAUAAUUUCAAAUACCAAUGUAAUACUUCAUGUUAAGGGCCAGUUUUUGUGUUGGCAUGAGAUUCUCUAGCUGAAAUUUGAAAUUACAUAUGAUUGCUGAUAUUGUGAGUCAUUGGUAAUUAGCAGGUGGAUCAAAGUUACUAUGUUCUGCUUUUAUUUAAGUUACAAUUUCUAACCUGUUACCCACUGCAGCAUCUGUACAUUGCCCUGUGAUUCGUGCGUGCACAGUCAGGUGGUAUUCUGCAUGUCAGCGUUAUUUUGUACAUUAGGUAUCGUAAUCUACACACUUCUCAGAUGCUGAGUCCUGGUGUUUCUUGUUGACCUCCCUUAUUUCCCAAGGAUAUUCGCUUCAAAUACAUUUAUAAAUCUGUGUAAAAUCAUUGUUUGAAUAACUGCUGUUAUAUGUUUUCAUGAUUGUGAUUCAUUUUUGGAUUAAUUGAAAUACAGUAUAUGAAUGUUAUGACUAUCUCACUUGUUCAGUUAUUGUAUCAAAUGAAGUACUUUUGCCUGAUUUCCUUUCGAAUAUGUUCAUUGAAUUUUCAGUUUGAACUGUAUGUCUGUGGUAGAAAACUUGUAUAAAGCUUUAUGUAUAUACAAUGAGAAAUAAAAUACUUUGAAAUGGUG